CUCUGAUAAAACAUGGGUUUUUGACCAAUCAGAGCGUGCGCAGGGUCCUAUCUAUAUUAUAAUGUGUGAUAUGACAGGCAUCAGGGGAUGUUACAAUUGUCGAUAUAUACUGGUUUAAGGUAGUUACUUGAAUGAGCCUAGGAAUACUAACGUUGAAGUAUUGUAAAAAAAAGCUGUUCUUUAACUGUACUGAUCUUUACAGUGGUCAUGUAUUAAUGUGUUUCAGGUUCUAAGUAGUAAGUUGAUGCCAACACAUCACAGAGAUGGAGGAGCCAAUGCUAGGAUGUUUAAGGAGAACUUUUUAGCGAGUGGAGGACUAAGUGUUGUAGUGAAUAUCCUUCAAAAAGACAUGUUUCCUCAGGAUGUAGACACUGAGAUUCGCAGAGGCUGCUAUGCAAUUUGCUUACAACUAGCAAGGUUCUUGUUGUGUGGACAAUCCUCAGAAAAUUCCUUUACAGCCCCACCUUCGCCACCACACAGAGAACAUGCUACUAUUGCAGCAUCACCGGUUGCCAUGGCAACAGGUACCAUGGAAACCGACUUAAACGACUCCCUUAACAACUCGGCAAUUGAGGCGAAGAGAGCACGCUCUAGCAGUAUGAUUGACGAUGUACAUCCUUCUGUAAGGGUUGCUAUUGAGACAAUGGGCCGAGAUGACUUUGCAGAGACUAUUGCUUGUUUUAUGCGUGUAGCCUGGGCGGCAGCUGCUGGAAGAAUCAACCUGGCUGGAGGCAGACAGAGACUGUCUAGUCAAAGCUCCGAUGAUGAAGGAAGCAGUCAUGGGGGAGCAGGGAGUGACACAGAGUCUGUUAAGUCCUUUAGAUCGAGUGUCUCCAGUGGCAACCCCUCUGAAGUUACUAACAAGGAUGUUGUAAUAGUCGGUGAGGCCCUUCAGCUCCUUGUUCUUUGUUUGCAACUCAGAACGCAACUUAUGGGAGUAUUUUAUUACCUUCCAAACGUAAAUGACUUCAUUGUGGAAAUUCUUAUAGGAUCUGUCAAUUCUCAGGUGCGGUCUACAGCACUAGAGCAACUUUUGAUUUUAAGUCAAACUCCUGUAGGAGGUAUGUAGUGUGUGCUUUUAUGUAUCUGAAAAAAAUCAGCGUGGUUAGUAACAUUACAUGCGAUAAACUGGUUUUGUCUUUUCACGAAAACGUUUGAAGGUCAAACACUUUUGCUCCUGUUUUUUU